UUGGUUGGUUCCAUCGACGACUCAUUCACCACUCACUGGUCUUCUCUUGUUCCCAAUUCAAAAUCUAAAACUCCGAUUCCAAAUUCCAUCAAUCUUGUGCACACCACAAUGUUGCCCUCUGCGGAAAUGCUCGCUAAUAUAAGGGAAGCAAGUCAAACCGUUAUCUCCACGCGCCGCCCGUGGCGCGUAUUUCUUGACCUCUUCGCCCUCACCCUCCCGUCCUCCAUCUCCGAAGCCACCACGCGCCUCGCUCACAACGUCACCUACUUCCUCUUCAACUACGCCCUCAUCCUCCUCCUCAUCUUCCUCCUCACCCUCUUCCGCCACCCACUCCCUCUCCUCAUUUUCUUCCUCCUCUCCGCCACCUGGUACUUCCUCUACUUCUCCCGCGAUGACCUCCCCCUCGCAAUCCUCCCACUCGCGUUUCUCACCGUUGUCGCACUCUUCGUUACCGCCGCCUGGCUCAACCUUCUUCUUGCCCUCCUAAUUGAGGCCGUUGUGGUUUUCUUGCACGGCGUGCUCCGGAGUACAGAAGACCUUGUCGGGGACGAUCAAGAUUCCCCCUAUGGCCAUAUGCUUGGUGACACUCCCGCCUCUGGUGCCUAUGUACCUGUUUGAUUUCUCUUUUUCCAUUUCUCAACUCUGAUGUACAAUUCACUAACAAUCACGCAUUUAUUCAUGUAUGCUGCAUUCAUUGUAUCAAAUUUGCCUUGUUAUUGGAUGAAUGAUCCCAUGUAAUUGGUGUGCUGCUGGGGAUUUCUCAUCGUUAUGAUAGGGUUUCUAUACGACUUUGCCCUGUCAUGUGCUAGGUUGAACUGAAAGAAAGCCCAAAUAAUGCAUUUGAGGACAAUUUAAAUGUAGUUCUUGUAA